UGAUCAGAGACCGUAGCAGAGGCAAGCAAAUCAGAAGACAUCUUUCCUUGGAGAUCCUCUUCUAAGAACAGGUAUCCGCUGCACCCUGAAGCAUGGCCUCGGUGGCAGACGGCAAGUGCUCAUAAUCCCGGCCCGGCGAGCGCCGUCUGCGUUGGGUGAAACGCGGUCGAGAAGAGGGGCGCGCGCAGCUACCAAUGCGCUCGGAGCAAAGCGAUCGUCUUUUCUGGUGCGUGCAACCCGUGAUCGCAUCAUAAGGUCAUGUCGGCCACACGCGAAAGCUCUCCAGAAGAAGGGGAGAUUUCUGUCACAGCUGAUGUGAUGGAGAAUGGCUCGACCGGCGUCACGCGCGUCCGUAAAGCCUCAGAAAGAGUAAACGAGGUACCACGCGAUGCAAAGCGGAUGCGCUACAAUCACAAUGCCCCUGCGCAGUCCACAAUGACGACGACAACGACGAAGACGCCGCCUCCGAUACUCUUGCGAAGGAUCAAUUCCCCUCCAAAGCCCCAGGCAUCAGCUGCUCCGACCGCCGAGGCGACUGGCCGCGAUGAAAUGGCAAUUACUAACGGACACCACAAGCAAGACCUGGGGCUGGAGUCAGAUGUGUGGCCGGGUCUGCCCAUUGCAUUAUCAGACAGAUUAUCCGAACGUGUCACUUCAUCGAUGUAUCGCGGCGCCAUUCGGUCGAGCAGUACGAUCAGGGGCACGCGGGAAGCGGCCAAGCACGAGCUGGUCCCCUUCGAGAGGCGCAGGUUUGAGGGCUGCAGCUCUCUCGACUCGUACGAGAUCUCGACCACGCUGGGAGAGGGAACAUUUGGUGUUGUACUCAUGGCAAAACAUCGCGUCACGGGUCAGGCAGUCGCUCUCAAGAAGAUCACCGUGCACGACUCGCGGGAUGGCUUGGCUUUGACGACCAUCAGGGAGGUCAAGCUGCUGAAACACUUGCGGCAUCCAGCGAUCGUCCCCGUUAUCGACAUGGUCUUUGCACCCCCUGACUCUGGUCAGAGCGCGACAGGAGACAUCUACAUGGUGGAGCCGUACAUGGAUCACGAUCUCGCCGGGCUGCUUGAUGCGUAUAGUCUCUCCAUCCCGCAGAUCAAGCUCUAUAUGAAGCAGCUUCUUGAAGGAACAUGUUACAUGCAUUCGAACGGCGUCUUGCACAGAGAUAUGAAAUCUGCAAACCUCCUCAUCAGCAACGAAGGACAGCUGCAGAUUGCCGAUUUCGGGCUAGCUCGCUCAAUCCACAACUGUGACCUGAUGCAGGGGGCGGAUGGCCAACCCCAAAAAAUGGACUACACUGGCACUGUCGUUACAAGGUGGUAUCGUCCACCAGAGCUACUCGCGGGACUGAGGCAAUACGGACCGGAGGUCGACAUGUGGGGUCUAGGGUGCAUCUUGGCUGAGAUGUUCUAUAAGAAGCCGUUCUUUAUGGGAGCAUCAGAGGUGCAUCAAUUGGAGCUGAUCGCCGAAGUGUGCGGGUCGCCAAACGAGCGGACGCUGCCUGGCUGGUUCAAGCUUGCAGGCGUCAGAAACGCAGAUGCACAAGGCCGCGUAGAUGAGAGUGGCCCAGAUGGGAGAAGAGAUUUCGGCUCCCAACCAAGAAAGUUGAAGAGGUGGCUUACCACCGAAGGACCGGUGCACAUACCUGAAGGGGCAGCAGAUCUUGUCGACAAGCUUCUGGUUCUCAAUCCUGCCGAUCGCUUGAAUGCGGCGCAAGCUCUCCAUCACAAUUGGCUCUGGUCCGAGCCCUACCCAGCUGACCCUUCUUCUUUACCGAAGUACGAACCCCGUAAGGAAAGCGACAAAAAACGGCGCGAACAAGAGCGCCUCCAGCAGCUGCCAAAACACCCCCCCGUCAUGUAUCUUUUGCCCGAUGGGCCAGGCAAUCCAGGCGGCUCUUGGCGCAACGCGCAGCCUUCCAACUUGAAGCCACGGGCUUUGGCAUACCCGAAUGCACGUCCAGCGCCACAACCUUCAGGCACUUCGCAACAGAUUUCGAACCUUAAACUGUAGCAUAUGAGACGCCCCCGAUGCGGUCGCAUUCAUCCACACUUGUUCUGCUUGAUCCAACACCAUCCUUCCCGCGUUUCAUUUCCUUCCUGGGCCUGUUCUGCGUUAAAGCGCAUGCCAAUUCCCUCAUUCAUGUGGGCGCUCGAGCAAAAAU